AUGAAGAAGCACUCAGCCCGAGUGGCUCCUCUCAGCUCAUACAGCACUCAGGUCCUGACCUGCCCCAUCUCUGAAGGUAAACUGAAAGAACCAGAGUGGCCCAGGACGUCUCAUGCAGAGACACCAGGCAGCGAGACCAGCGGAGAGAGCCGAUCCUACCACACAUGCACCAACACAGCCCUGAAGGUGCUUGGUGGCCUGCUGGUGGUGCUGUGUGUGUCAUCCUCCUGGGUGGGUACCACUCAGGUGGUGAAACUGACCUUCCAGUCGUUCUCCUGUCCCUUCUUCAUCUCCUGGUUCAGCAGCAACUGGAACAUCCUCUUCUUCCCCAUCUACUACUCUGGACACGUGGUUACAACACGGGACAAGCAGACCCCCAUACAAAAAUUCAGGGAGUGUAGUAAGCUCUUUGGGGAGGAUGGGAUGACUCUCAAGCUUUUUGUAAAGAGAACAGCACCCUUUUCAAUCUUGUGGACACUGACCAACUACCUGUACCUCCUGGCCUUGAAGAAACUGACAGCCACUGAUGUCUCCGCCCUCUACUGCUGCCACAAGGCCUUCGUCUUUCUCCUGUCCUGGAUCGUCCUCAAGGAUCGGUUCAUGGGUGUUCGGAUUGUGGCAGCUAUAAUGGCCAUCACGGGUAUUGUCAUGAUGGCCUAUGCUGACGGUUUCCAUGGUGAUUCCUUUGUGGGAGUGGCACUGGCUGUGGGCUCAGCCUCAACAUCAGCUCUAUACAAGGUGCUGUUCAAGAUGUUCCUUGGCAGUGCCAACCUAGGAGAGGUGGCUCACUUCCUUUCAACCAUGGGCUUCUUCAACCUCAUCUUCAUCUCGUGUGUGCCCCUCAUCCUCUACUUCACCAAGGUAGAGCACUGGGGCUCACUGUCCUCACUGCCCUGGGGAUACCUGUGUGGACUAGCAGGACUGUGGCUGGUGUUCAACAUCUUGGUCCAUGUUGGUGUGGUGUUGACCUACCCCAUUCUCAUAUCCAUAGGGACUCUGCUCAGUGUGCCGGGCAAUGCAGCCAUAGAUGUUUUGAAACAUGAGGUGAUCUUCAGCGUGGUGCGCCUGGCAGCCACCUGCAUCAUCUGCCUGGGCUUCCUGCUUCUGCUGCUGCCUGAGGAAUGGGACUCAGUCACGCUGCGUUUCCUGGCCACCAUCGCAGACAAGAAGUCAGAGGAACACGGAGAGGAGCUCACGGAGUCUAGCGUCCACACUCGAAGCCGCAGUCGAGCAAACGGCACUGUCUCCAUUCCCUUGGCGUGACAUGGCUGAGCUCUGCUAGUAACCUCUGUUAACCAGUUCUGAAGCCCUGUCUGCUCAUGUUCCUCCUUUGCCCACCCAGGAGGUGAGGCAAGACAUUAGGUCCACAUGGACCAUCAGGAAGACAGGAAGUAUUGUCUUGAACUUUAAACUUCAUGUGAAGGUGCAUCUCUGUCUCCGUCACUUCACUACAGGAGAGAGAAAGAGAACAUUUAUGGAUUUUGCAGAUUGUAGGGGUGGAAAGUGUUAUUUACUUUCUUGAAAUACUUGCCACCCUCAGUCCCGUUCGUCGCACGCACCCAAACCAAGAGCUGACAAG